CACACACACACACACCCCCACACACGUGGCCGGUAGACUUCAGUAGGUGCUCAGUCAUUGAACACUCAGCAGACACACUGAGAGGCCAUAGAGACAGAAGGAGAGACUGAGAGUGAGCAAGCAGCAUGGAUUUACCUCAAGAGUUCCGCCGGCGUGUGCGCUGCGACAGUGCAGCCUCUCGGCCCCAGUUCACCAACUCUCCCACUGUUAUUGUGAUGGUGGGACUGCCUGCCAGAGGGAAGACCUACAUCUCCAAGAAACUCACACGCUACCUCAACUGGAUCGGUGUUACAACCUCAGUGUUCAACCUUGGUCACUACCGUAGGGAGGCGGUGCAGUACAAAAACUAUGAGUUCUUCCUGCCGGACAAUGAAGAGGCCAUGAAGAUACGCAGGGAAUGUGCUUCCCAUGCCUUGAAGGAUAUUGCUAGUUACUUCUCCAAGGAGCAGGGGCAAGUAGCCGUGUUUGAUGCCACAAACACGACACGUGAGAGAAGAGCUAUCAUUCUUAGUUUUGCCAAGGAGAAGGGCUACAAGGUGUUUUUUGUGGAGUCCAUUUGUGAUGAUCUUAAUAUCGUAGAGGAAAACAUCAUGCAAGUGAAGGUGAGCAGCCCUGACUAUGUGAAUGCUGAUAAGGAGGAGGUUAUGGAGGACUUCCAUAAGCGCAUCGAGUGCUACAACCAGAGUUAUGUGCCAAUCGAUGACGUCAAGGACAAGAACCUCUCCUACAUUAAGAUCUUUAACGUGGGCUCUCGGUACCUGGUGAACCGGGUGCAGGACCACAUCCAGAGCCGGAUCGUCUACUACCUGAUGAACAUCCACGUCACACCACGCUCCAUCUACCUGAGCCGCCAUGGCGAGAGCGAGCUCAACCUGACAGGGCGGAUCGGGGGCGACUCCAAGCUGGCACCCAGGGGUCAAGAGUAUGCACGUGUCUUGGGGAGGUUCAUGAAGGAUCAGACCAUUAAGGAUCUGAAGGUAUGGACCAGCCACAUGAGGAGGACCAUCCAGACAGCUGAGGCUUUGGGUGUCCCUUACGAACAGUGGAAGGCCCUCAAUGAAAUCGAUGCAGGUGUGUGUGAAGAGAUGACCUAUGAGGAGAUUCAAGACACUCAUCCGGAGGAGUUUGCCAUGAGAGACCAGGACAAGUACCGCUACCGCUACCCCAAAGGAGAGUCCUAUGAGGACCUGGUGCAUCGGCUGGAGCCUGUGAUCAUGGAGCUGGAACGCCAGGAGAAUGUACUGGUGAUCUGCCAUCAGGCCGUCAUGAGAUGCCUGCUCGCUUACUUCCUGGAUAAGAAUGCUGGUGAACUGCCCUACCUAAAAUGUCCGCUGCACACAGUGCUGAAGCUCACACCAGUGGCCUAUGGAUGCCGGGUGGAGUCGUUCUUCCUGAAUGUGGAGGCGGUCAACACACAUCGAGAAAGGCCUGCGAACGUGGACGUGGACAGGGCGCCUGAUGAGGCCUUGGUGACCGUCCCUGACCACCUGUGAGGAGGUUAUCACUCUCACCAGAUGCCAGUACACUCCACCACCAUCUCCGCCGGAGACAAGCAGUGUCAGUGGACUAUCCAGCGCUGGACUCACUGGCAACCUGGUGUCAUGGAUUUGGGAGAAGAGAGAGAGCAAUAGUAACAAUCUAUGAAGUGCUUCAGAGACAAACACAGAUUGUUUUCAGACGCAGACACAACUGGGGAGAAUAUCUCUGUCCAUCGGCCAAGAUAAAUCUGUCUCUGUGUUCGCCUUUGUAUCAUUUGACUAUGAAAUUGUGCAAAGACCAGUUUGAUCAAACAAUAUGAAAUGAAUAGUAAAACAACUUGGACUGACUUUGAGGGGUCUAAUAAUUUCUCCGGCACAGCAACACCUUGAUCAUCAGCACCAUGGACAGCAGCUAAACAAGCAAUUAGCCUGUUUACACUCUCUCCUCUCGAACAACCUUUCAACAGAACUGUGUAUGGUCAACUGACUGUCAUGACUGUAGACAUGACUAUAUAACUGUAAGUGAGUCAUGCAUUAUGAAGAGAUGACAGAUGCUAACAAGGAUGGCUAUGUGUGAUCUACAAUGUCAAACGCGCACAAACUCUCCAACUGUACAAAGUCUAGCAGUGGGGCAUUAAAUAUCAUCCAUGACAGCGAGUACAUGACUUCAGACAAAGCUAUUUAGAAACUGGAGAUAGGAUUGGCAUGUGCAUUUAUACUGUUGAUGUCUUACAUCCACACAUUAGGACAACUGGGGGACAGUUAAGAUAUAAUCUGCUACUAGUACAGAUGGUACCAGUCACUGCUUGGUUGGAUUUACUGAAAAGUUUUUUUUUCCAUCAUGUAUCAAAUUAGAAUGCUGUGACAAUGUUCAGAUGUCCUGCUAGCUCAGCUAGAUAACUAUUAUAUUUCUUCGACCCCACAGAGGUCACUUAGAAUACUGUAUGUGACUUCUGAUGACAUAAAAUGUUUGUAAUAACAGA